UUGUGCCUUCACUCACGUGCCUCUUUGCAGCCAAAUGGGGGCGCUUUUCUGCCAGUAGCAGCUUUUUUUUCCAGUAUAGCUUAUUUAAAGGCAAAAUUAAAUUAUAACUUACAUGUAUAAGCUAUACUAUGUACGGCUCUUUAUAUUUUAGUGUGGUUUGUAAUGUAUCUGGUAGUCCUGAGCAAAUCUGGUAUGCACGACAUAUUCUUUAAAAAUAAAUUAGUCAUUUCUCAUCUGGCAACACUGAACGUAGCUUUUGUCAAACUGCCCCCUCAAGUCAAAACGACAAAAUUCAUACUGAAGAUGUACGGUUUGAUCAUGUGAACAUUUAAAAAACACAAAUUGAGAUAUUUAAAUUUCGAAACGUGAAUUUGGGUCAUGUUUAGAUAUGGCGUCAUAUCUACGAGGAAAUGUGAAACGUUGCCUUUUUCAAUAACUUCCGGUAUUUCCUGAUGUCGUCCAGCAGGGGUCGCGCUGUGCUGACUGAGACCAGUAAGAAUGGGAUCUAGCUGUGUCCCACCGUUCUGCUGCUUCUCCUCUUCCUCAGCUUCCGUCUCCAUUGUGCGUAAAAGUCAAUAAUUUAGCACUCACAUUUAUGAGCACGCCACUGUUUUCACCGCAUUAAGUGAUAUUUUACGAGCUGAAAGACGGGGGAAAAAGGAAAAGACAUCGACGAAGUGGACCACCACCUUGUCUCGCCAAGCAGGUCCAAUGUCAACCAUAAGUCCAGCCAUGAGCAUCUUCGCUCCGGUUCGAAAGGACCGCGUCAUCGCACAGCUCCCUCAUUGUUUCCGGAAGGAUGCAGCUCUGCACGUAGAGCGUGACUUUAACCCCAAAGUGAAGGCGGCAUGCCAGGAGCAUCGCACCGGCACGGUCGGCUUUAAAAUCUCCAAGGUGAUUGUUGUGGGGGACCUGGCCGUGGGCAAAACCUGUCUGAUUAAUAGGUUUUGCAAGGAUGCUUUCGAUAAGAACUACAAAGCCACAAUCGGUGUCGACUUUGAGAUGGAGCGUUUCGAGGUGCUCGGCAUACCUUUCAGCCUGCAGCUGUGGGACACGGCAGGACAAGAGCGCUUCAAGUGCAUUGCUUCUACGUACUACAGAGGAGCGCAGGUUGUGAUCAUCGUGUUUGACAUCAACGACGUGGGUACUCUGGAUCACAGCAGGCAAUGGCUUGAAGAUGCGUUGAAAGAGAACGACCCCACGGCGGUUCAGCUGUUCCUCGUGGGCACCAAGAAAGACCUCAGCUCUCCUGGUCGGUACUUUCAGAUUGAACAAGAUGCCCUCAAGGUGGCACAGGAGAUGCGAGCAGAGUAUUGGACGCUGUCAUCACUCACAGGGGAGAACGUAAAGGAGUUCUUCUUCCGUGUUGCAUCGCUGGCCUUUGAAACAAACGUCCUCGCCGAGCUGGAGAAGAGCGGGACGAGGCAGAUAGGAAAUGUCGUCAGAAUCCACAGCACCGCAAACAACAAUCUGUACAACACGUCCAAGAAGAAACAGCCGGCCUGCUGUCAGUGAGGAGAAUGAUGCGUUCAAGAGUCCAACGGAAAUAAAAGAAUGCUCCUGCAUGCUUGAAGUGGAGCAAAGUCAACAUUUUCCAGGCCAGAAGGCAACUUUUCCUGUGUGGGAUGUGGAUCCAUGCUGCGCUAACAUGGUUCACACAUAUAGGGAUUUUUAAUAACAUAUACAGUAUCUUUAAAAAAAGAGGGGGGUUGCAAUAAAAUCUGUCCAAAGCCUGAAAACAGAAACCCAAUAUACGUAGUAGUGGGAGAUUAUUCUGGUUGCACCAAAUAAAUGUGAUAACAUUCUGUAGCGGACCAAAGACCGAAAUAACAAAAUGUUUUUUUUAGUAAAACUCUGUUUUAGGACCAACGGUAUUGAUGUGGAUCCUAAAAAGACUUGUACUGCCAAGAACGUCCAUGUCAGGCCGGGAGGUCCAAAGUGACCGUUUUUUGACCUUGUGCAGAUAUGCGAAUGUGUCAAAAUGGACCCUGCUUCUAAAAUGUUAUUCCAAACAUUUGGACACCCCCCGCUCAGGUUCUCAGGUUGUAACAUGGUGGGAUGGUGGUCACAGCUGCAGUUCGGAACUAAUUUGCUCCACCCCCACGUACGUUUUAUACUUUCUGGAUUUAGUUUGCAGCCUUUUCAGAUUGGGAUUCUCAUGUUUUAAGCAAAAUGUGCACAAAAUGUACCUACUCAUUUAAGCAGAAGUUUAAAAAAAAAAUGUCUGCUGCAGAAGCAAUUGUAUUGCUGUGUUGUUAUAUUUUAGUUGCCAGCAAGUGUUAAAAAUGAAACAUGUUUGUCAAUGUUUCAACUAUUUUGUCAUGAAAGCUCUGGAAUAAAGUUUUUUUUA